AUGACGCUUGCACACUAUGGAAAACGCCGCAGAGGCACUGCUGGAAACACUGGACGACAACGAAGGGUCCCCGAAAAGCCCUAUUGGGAAGAAAUCAAGGAAGAUGGGGAUCCACAAGAGAAAGAGACAGUCGGAGGGAGAUCUGACUCUGUCUCGACUGCCAGUCCCAGCAAGACAUCACCCAAGAAAAGAGCUCAAAUUCUAGAAACAAAAAGUCCUAGCGCUGCUGCAUUAAGCAGACGAUCUAGACGUCGCAAAAGGCCGCGGGCAGAGGAAGAGUCUGUUUCAGAGCCAGAAAAGGAGUCAUCGGCUGUACUCGACAAUGUUGGCAUGAACUUCAAUAAUACCUCAAACUCGAGUCCUUCCAAGGCCACGUCUCCGUUGAACGAAGCAGUCCAAAAGUCUCCAAAGAAGACCAGAAUGGAUUCGCAAGACGACAAGAACCAAGAGAACAAGGAGGAGUCACCAGAAGAAAUGCAGAAGGAAUCGCAAAGUGCGAAACCGAAACAACCCGAAAAACAAGUGCCCGAAGAAUCAUCGAGCAGUCAAGACGAUGGAAAGCACACUUCGCAGUCCUCCCACGAAUCUACUGAUCCGAUUAUUUUCCAACAAGUCCUCGGCCAAAUUCCGAGAUUGGAGAGCAUGCUGUCAGGUAUUCAUGCUGCUUUGAAGCUGCAGGCGUCGUCAGCUUCUUCUUCUUCGCAACCUUCUUGUUUUAAAGACGCUUCCAAGAAGCAAAGUCCUGACAGUGUCGGGGCGGCAUUGGAAAUGAGUAGCGCCCCCAAACAAGCUCGCCAAGAAGAGUCCAUCCGAAGAUUGGAAGCUCUUUGUGAAAAGCAAAGCAAGGCAUUUGAUGAAUUGGUAAAAAAGACGGAGAUUAUGCAAUCCAACCACCAACAGGAACGAAAAGCCUUUUCCAAAGAGGUGAAAAGCCUGAGAGCGGUGGCCAAGGCCUUGGAAGAUCAGCAAUGGAACAAUGCUGUCCUUGACGAGAAGCUCACAAAGAUAGAGGCACAACUAUCCGAGAGACAGGAAGAACAGCAGAAUUUUUCCAAUCAACUCUUGGAAAUGGCCAGCAAUAGCAAGAAGCAGGACAUUUUCCUGCUCGAACGCAACGUCAAGAUUCAAGAAUUGAUGGAGGCGUCCAAUACAGAAAAGACAAAAUACGAAGGCAAAAUUGAGGAGAUUAUGGCGGACCUCAUCAAGUCGGAAGCAAGAGUGCAAGAGUUGGAAACCGAGAAUCAACAGUUCAAGAGUAUACUGGAUUCAUUUCAAGCAUCAAUCUCUUCGGAUAGAGCCGAUUCUUCCAAAGACUACUCAUUAUCGUCUCCACAACAAGAACAAGAACAAGAACAGCAACAGCAGCACAAAAAAUCCAAGAACCACCCAUCCCAAUCUUCUGGUGCUGCGCCUGCCAAAUCUUCAGCCGGUCCUCUUGCCAAACGCGAGACACGAAAUACCAAACCGACUCCCACCGUCCGCUUGAAUUUGGACCACGCCAAUAUCAUUGAAUUACCAGCGAGCCCCUUUAGCGACGUCGUUCAACAACAGCAACAGCAGCAACAGCAACAGCAACAGCAACAGCAACAGCAGCAACAGCACCAGCAGCAACAGCAACAGCACCAGCAGCAGCAGCAGCAGCAACAGCAACAACAAUCCAAACAAGGAGCCUCUCCCUCAGCAUCCAGAACCUCUCCAUCCCGAACAAGAUUAUCUCCAUCUCCCUCCAGAACCAGAUCCUCACCAUCCCGAGGAGCCAGAUCCUCACCAUCCAAGGGUGGCAGUAGUAGAUCCAAAAAGACGGCCAGCAGUAGCAGUAGUGUCGGCAGCAGUAGCAUUGGUGGGAGCAAACGAAGACGAUAUACCAAAAUUCCAGUACCAACCUUUGAUUCCUUGAGUGGUAUUCAAGCCAACGACGAUGUCAUUUGCGUUGACACACCAUGA